AUGGGAUGUAAUUGGUUUGAUUCUGUCAGAGGAGAUUCUUUGGGGACAGGUAGAAGAUUUGCUAAUUUCCAACUGUCAGGAACAAUGCCCAGUUUGAUUGAGCUGUUAAAAAUGAUGGUUAUCACAGGCGCAAUGUCAUACGCAUAGGUGUUCCAAAACCAAUGUGGUAACUCAUCUGGACCCGAGGUGGUUCGUUUCUGAUUUAAUAGUAGUUUACAAACAGUAUGGACGGAUAAUUCAGGUACUCUUGUGCCACGGGGAAUAGGGAGAGGUUGGGGGUAACAUAGUCAGUAUCUGUAUUAAUAGUUUGAAAAUGCUCAUUCAUUACCUUUGGAUCAAUAAUGUGGCUUAAUGGUACUUCAUUAUUACCACGACCAGUUAUUUUGUUAACUAAUGACCACCAUCUUUUAUAUCCACAAUUUUGGUUCUUAUUUUCUUGUUUAACUGCUUUGAGUUGAUUGCUCCGAAUGAGUUUAUUAAUCCUUUCUUGUAGGCGAUGACUGCUCUCGUUAUCUCUCUUGUUAAUGGCAUUUUUCCUCAGCUUUAAGAGAUGCUUAACUAUUGGAGAAAGAAAAGGAGGGUCUCUACUAGAUACUCGUGUUUUAAUAAUAGAGAAACAUUGUUCGUAUGUUGGCCCAGAUUUUGUUAUAAAAGUUGUUGAUCAUUUCGUUUGGACAAGAAGUACCACUGGAGAUUGUGUCCCAUUGAAAGUCCUCCAUUUUCCGCAACAUUUUUAACUUAUUGUGCUCUCUUAAGUCGCGAAACUCUACUGUUUUUCUUAUGGCUUUUGCCUUAACCACAGGUUUAAGUAAAACAGCCAGAUGGUCAGAUCGUACAAGGCUUUUUAUCGUUUUAGCUUUACUCUAGAAUUUGGGAACAUUUGUUACAAACACAUCAAGGAUAUUUUGGCCACGAGGCGGAAGAUUCACAAUCUGUACUAACGAAUGGUAAUUUAGCAAUGUCUUUAUCGCCAAUUGAUUAAUGUCACCAGAUAUGAUUAGUUUCGCGUUGGGCGCUAAUGAUAAUAAUCUCUCACAUGAGUCCAUUAGGAAAUCAAGGAGGUCAUCAGGGUGGUAUUCGGGAGAUAGAGGAUGAUAUAUUGCUGAUAAGUAAAAUAUCGAGUUAUUGGUUGUUAUUUUAGUCCAUAGACAUUCAUAAGGAUUCGAACAUUCUUCCAAAAUUUCGAGUUUCCAAUCGUGCCUACAAAAGACUGCUACACCACCACCCUGCCUACCAUAUGGUCUACAACAGGGUUCAACAAGCGGAAACCUCUUAUCGUUGUCAACAGCCCAAGAACUGGAUCUCGUCAGUCUUCACCUCAACAACAUUUCCAAACCUUUGCCGCAAAAUCUUAAUAAAGAUCCCAAACUCAAUGACAUUCUCGAGAGAAAUGCCAAAGUUUUCGACGGAUUGGGAAAACUGAAAGGACAGACCGUCCACCUAAACAUUGAUCCCGAUGCUAAUCUUAAAGCUCAACCACCGCGCCGCAUCCCUUACCAUAUCCGAGACAAAGUUAAAGAUGCAAUCAUAACCCUUGAAAAAGACGACAUAAUCGGACGAGUGCCUGAAGAUGAACCAACCCCCUGGGUUUCUCCUAUUGUCGCCGUGCCAAAAAAAGACGGAGGAGUGCGUAUUUCUGUUGACAUGCGACAAGCGAAUGAGGCGAUCAAAAGGGUCCGACACCCGAUACCUACGGUUGAUGACGUAAGAUUUGAACUGAACGGCGCGAAAUAUUUCUCGAAAUUGGACUUAUGCCAGGCGUACCACCAACUCGAACUCGAUCCGAAAAGCCGACAUAUCACCACAUUUAGUACACACAUCGGGCUAUAUCGCUAUAAACGUUUAAAUUAUGGGACAAACUCUGCCGCCGAGAUUUUCCAAUACACGCUUCAGACACAGUUACAAGGACUCAUCGGAGUCAAGAACGUAGCCGACGAUCAGUUAUCGUUUAUGGAAGUACUCGCAAGGAACACGAUGAAAAUCUAG